AUGGAAAAUAUCACACGCUUGGCAUCAGGCUUUAUGGACCCUCAAAGUCAAUUAGCCACAGAUGACCAUGAACCCUUCAUAGACCUCUAUGACAUGGACUAUGGGGUGCCAGCCGAGGAGUUGCCCGACACCACACAGGGACUGGCCUAUUUUGUGGCUACUAUCGUUAUCGGGGUGGUGCUCGUCUGUAUCAUGCUAGUGUGUGGCAUUGGCAACUUCCUGUUCAUAGCCACCCUAGCCCGCUACAAGAAGCUACGGAAUCUCACCAACCUCCUGAUUGCAAACCUGGCCAUCUCAGACUUCAUCGUGGCUGUUGUGUGCUGCCCUUUCUUGGUGGAUUAUUAUGUGGUGAAACAGCUGUCUUGGGACCACGGUAAAGUGCUUUGUGCCUGCAUUAACUACCUCCGAACUGUGUCUCUGUAUGUGUCCACCAAUGCCUUAUUGGCCAUCGCUGUGGACAGGUAUAUGGCAAUAGUUUACCCCUUAAGGCCCAGGAUGAAACAUCAAACUGCCUACUGUCUAAUCACUGGUGUGUGGAUUGUUCCUGUUCUCAUAUCCAUACCUUCUGCCUACUUUACUUCUGCAACCAAAGUCCCUCAUGGGGCCAAUCACAGCAAAACCUUCUGUGCUCAAAUCUGGACAGUGGACCAACAGCUCUACUACCGUUCCUACUACCUCUUCAUCUUUGCUGUGGAGUUCCUCGGCCCGGUCCUUGCCAUGACCCUAUGCUACGUUCGCAUCUCCAGGGAGCUCUGGUUCAAAAGCGUCCCCGGCUUCCAGACAGAACAGAUCCGGAAGCGCUUUCGCUGUCGCCGGAAAACAGUCAUGGUGCUCGUCGGAAUCCUCACAGCAUACAUUCUGUGCUGGGCACCAUACUAUGGAUACACCAUCCUCCGCGAUUUCCACCCGACCCUUAUCUCCAGGGAGAAGAACUCACUGGUGGCUUUCUACAUCAUCGAAUGCAUCGCCAUGAGCAACAGCAUGAUCAACACCUUCUGCUUUGUCAGUGUGAAGAACAACACAGUGAAGUAUUUAAGGAGGGUUGCGCUGCUCCGCUGGAGGUCCACCUACACCUCAAAGAAGACAACGGAUGAGAUAGAGGUGGGGACACUAUCCAUGCCCAUGACUAUGGAGAUUGACUGUAUACAGCUGAGGUGA